CGGGUGUAACUGGUUGUGCUGUCUGUGUACUUCCGGCAGCCUCCAGACGGUUUCUUCUGCUUCCCGUACCACCCGGUUCAAAUAGCGGAUACGGAACCGGGGGCUAUCAGCCCAUCGGCCUCCGGGCCCUGCAGUCUCUAGCCAUGGACCGGGACCUUCUGCGGCAGUCGUUAAAUUGCCACGGGUCGUCUUUGCUCUCUCUGCUUCGGAGCGAACAGCAGGAUAAUCCACACUUCCGGAGCCUCCUGGGGUCGGCCGCCGAGCCAGCCCGGGGCCCGCCGCCCCAGCAGCCGUUGCAGGGCAGAAAAGAGAAGAGAGUUGACAACAUCGAGAUACAGAAAUUCAUCUCCAAAAAAGCGGAUCUGCUUUUUGCACUUUCCUGGAAAUCAGAUGCACCUGCAACUUCUGAAAUUAAUGAAGACAGUGAAGAUCAUUAUGCAGUCAUGCCACCUUUAGAGCAAUUCAUGGAGAUACCUAGUAUGGAUCGGAGAGAGCUGUUUUUCCGAGAUAUUGAGCGUGGUGAUAUAGUGAUUGGAAGAAUUAGUUCUAUUCGGGAAUUUGGUUUUUUCAUGGUGUUGAUCUGUUUAGGAAGUGGUAUCAUGAGAGAUAUAACCCACUUAGAAAUCACAGCUCUUUGUCCCUUAAGAGAUGUGCCUUCUCACAGUAACCAUGGGGAUCCUUUAUCAUAUUACCAAACUGGUGACAUCAUUCGAGCUGGAAUCAAGGAUAUUGACAGAUACCAUGAAAAGCUAGCGGUAUCUCUGUAUAGCUCUUCUCUUCCACCACACCUAUCUGGUAUUAAAUUAGGUGUAAUUAGCUCUGAAGAGCUUCCUUUAUACUACAGGAGAAGUGUUGAACUAAAUAGUAAUUCUUUGGAGUCCUAUGAAAAUAUCAUGCAGAGUUCCUUGGGAUUUGUUAAUCCAGGAGUAGUUGAAUUCCUUCUAGAAAAACUAGGAAUAGAUGAAUCUAAUCCGCCAUCUUUAAUGAGAGGCCUACAAAGCAAAAAUUUCUCUGAAGAUGAUUUUGCUUCUGCAUUGAGAAAAAAACAAUCUGCGUCUUGGGCUUUGAAAUGUGUGAAGAUCGGAGUUGACUAUUUUAAAGUUGGACGCCAUGUGGAUGCUAUGAAUGAAUACAAUAAAGCUUUGGAAAUAGACAAACAAAAUGUGGAAGCUUUGGUAGCUCGUGGAGCAUUAUACGCGACAAAAGGAAGUUUGAACAAAGCAAUAGAAGAUUUUGAGCUUGCGUUAGAAAACUGUCCAACUCACAGAAAUGCAAGAAAAUACCUCUGCCAGACACUUGUAGAGAGAGGAGGACAGUUAGAAGAAGAAGAAAAGUUUUUAAAUGCUGAAAGUUACUAUAAGAAAGCUUUGGCUUUGGAUGAGACUUUUAAAGAUGCAGAGGAUGCUUUGCAGAAACUUCAUAAAUAUAUGCAGAAAUCUUUGGAAUUAAGAGAAAAACAAGCUGAAAAGGAAGAAAAGCAGAAAACAAAGAAAAUAGAAACAAGUGCAGAAAAGUUGCGUAAGCUCUUAAAAGAAGAGAAGAGGCUAAAGAAGAAAAGAAGAAAAUCAACUUCUUCUUCUUCUUCAAGUGUUUCUUCUGCUGAUGAAUCAGUGUCUUCAUCAUCAUCCUCUUCCUCUUCUGGUCACAAAAGGCAUAAGAAACAUAAGAGGAACCGUUCAGAGUCUUCUCGCAGUUCCAGAAGGCAUUCAUCUAGGGCAUCCUCAAAUCAGAUAGAUGAGAAUAGGAAAGAUGAGUGCUACCCAGUUCCAGCUAAUACUUCAGCAUCUUUUCUUAACCAUAAACAAGAAGUGGAGAAACUACUGGGGAAGCAGGAUAGGUUACAGUAUGAAAAGACACAGAUAAAAGAGAAAGAUAGAUGCCCUCUCUCUUCAUCUUCACUUGAAAUACCGGAUGAUUUUGGAGUGUACUCCUAUCUAUUUAAAAAGUUAACUAUAAAACAGCCUCAGGCAGGUCCUUCAGGAGAUAUUCCAGAAGAGGGCAUUGUUAUCAUAGAUGACAGCUCCAUUCAUGUUACUGACCCUGAAGACCUUCAAGUGGGACAAGAUACGGAGGUGGAAGACAGUGGUAUUGAUGAUCCUGACCACGGGUAGGAUUAGGUUUGUGUGUGUGUAUGUGUCUUAGUUUUUAACAAAAAAGUUAAAAAGUAAAAAAAUUAAAAAUAGAAAAACACUUAGAGAAUAAGGAUAUAAAGAAUAUUUUUGUGCAGUUGAACAAUGAGUGCUUAAGCUAAGUGUCAUCACAAAAGAGUAAAAAUAUUUUACAAAAUUAAAAAUGUUUAAAGUUAAAAAGCUCGGCUGGGCGCAGUGGCUCAUGCUUGUAAUCCCAGCACUUUGGGAGGCCGAGGCGGGCGGAUCACGAGGUCAGGAGAUCGAGACCACAGUGAAACCCCGUCUCUACUAACAAUACAAAAAAAUUAGCCGGGCGUGGUGGCGGGCGCCUGUAGUCCCAGCUACUCGGAGAGGCUGAGGCAGGAGAAUGGCGUGAACCCGGGAGGCAGAGCUUGCAGUGAGCUGAGAUUGCGCCACUGCAUUCCAACCUGGGAGACAGAGCGAGACUCCGUCUCAAAAAAAAAAAAAAAAUUAAAAAAAUACAGUUAAAAAGCUCUAGUAAGCUAAGGUCAAUUUAUUAUUGGAGAAAUAAAGUUAUUUUUAUGAAUUUACUGUAGCCUAAGUGUACAUUGUUUAUCAUGUCUACAGUAGUGUAUAGCAAUUAGGCCUUCACGUUCUCUCACCACUCACUGACUCACCCAGAGCAGCUUCCAGUCCUGCAAGCUCCAUUUAUGGUAAGUGCCCUGUACAGGUGUGCCAUUUUUUUAAUCCAUUAUACCAUAUUUUUAUUGUACCUUUUCUAUGUUUAGAUUUGUUUAGAUACACAAGUACCAUUGUGUUACAGUUCCUAUAGUACUCAGUACAGUAACACACUUUACAAGCUUAUAGCCUAGGAACAAUAGGCUAUACCGUCUAGGUUUGUGUAAGUACACUCUUAUGAUGUUCACACAGUGACAGAAUCGCCCAAGGAUGCAUUCGUCAGAACACAUUCCCAUUGUUAUGCAAUGCAUGACUGUAUAAUGGUUUUAUGGAUUAAAUUUUGUAUGUAAUUCAACUGGAAAGUAUUUUUAUGGUAUUUUGGAAAUAAUAAAACAAUGACAAUUGAAAUCA